GUCGACACCAUCUGGUCCAAAGGGGACCAGCCCACCCCUCCAGAUCCAGAGAGGGAAAAGAUUCAAGCAGAAAGGAAAGAACGUUGGAAGCAGGUACGUGAGAAGAACGAGAAGGACCCGAAUCAUGAUGUUUUCGUCAACAGCAGGAGGAGUCCAAAACGCUUUGCAUCAGCAAUCAAAGAAGGCAUGCAAGUCAAUGGGCGAGCGGUCAUGCGAGCUGUCGGAGAGCGUUCGACGAAUACAGCAUUAAAGGCUCUUGCCAUUGCCAACGAGAUGAUGCAAGGAACGGAUCUUCGAGGUGAGCAGGUCCUUGGUGCUGUACCCUAUUUUAAGCAAGUCAAACUGGACGACAAGGAUGAUGUUGCAAAUGUCUUGUUCCUUGAGUGCAUGCUGCUGCCGCGUCCCAGGCUGGAAGAUAUCACAGUUGAGGACAAGCAGAUCUUGACCACAGGCGACAAGGAUAAGAUGCCCAAGAUGGCUGCAGCCAUCAAGAAUCGCCUCAGGGAGAAUCCGGCUGCUGUGGUUUUGGGUAAAGGUCCUCGCCAACUACACUUGGCCGUUAAGACAAUCAUGCUAGCUGGCCGCUUCCUCCGCGAGGAUGAGGGCGAAAGUGGGGCCAGACUGAAGGUUCCUGCUGUUGCCAUCAUGCCGAACUUUCAAGAGAUGGCCCCCAGGAUUGUAAAGUCGCGCAAGUUCAUGAAGAAGGGCGAGGACGAUCCGGUUACAAUUGGGAUGAGGCUCGAGUGCAUUGACGUCCGGGAUCGUUGGGAGCAAUCUGCUGAAAGAGCUGAAGAUCUGAGGAGACCGGCUACAGUAUCAGUAGCUGCUCCCUGGGAGGCUUCUGAGUGA